UCUCCAGCCGAUUUUCCGUGUGAUUUUGCCAGUGUGGCGUGCCCUAGAUUCAUCUUUGGGAUUCGUCUCUAGCCCUUCAGCGAGUGAAUGGAAGCCAACAGGUGCGCUGGGACGUUCGCCAUCCCACCAACUUUCGUAUAGAUGCCCAUGGUAUUUACCAGGGUGUGCAAAGGAAUCUAUUCCCUUCCAUUUUCGCGUAGAAGCGCUCUUUCCUGUACAUAGCUGAUAAAUCCCGAAGCAGUACCUAGCUCGCGGGCCGUUCCUGGGUACGGCUUGAAGUCUAUAGGCGGGGGGAACAGGUUCCGUGGAGCCGUCCCUUGAAGCUCGUAUUAUCCUUGCCAAAAGGCAAGGCGGAAUCCCCGCAACUGAUGCACGCACUUUUCGAUACGAACGGAUUGCUUUUCCCAGUGUCUAGGGACUGCCCGGAAAGAACCUCUGUGCGGUUGAAUAUUUUAACGUGGGGUGGGUUGCAUCAAAGGGUUUCACAGGGCUACCCUCCCCAACGGAUGUGGUGUGAAAUUCCCAUUGGCAUGGUACGCAUAUGCACGGAGUGUACCGUAAGCGGCAUAUGGAGCAAACUAGCUAGCAUUAAAUAA